UGCAUCAAUAGACUUCCAGGUUGGAUUUUUGUGAUCAGUAAAGAGCGUGAAAGUGUAGUUGAAAAACGUCCCCCUACACCCCGUUAGUGAACGAUGCUCCGUGCUCCGGCAUGGGGUGACACGUCGUCCUGAUGCACAAGUGACCCCCCCCAAAAAGUGAGUGUCCCAGUGAACGAGCCCACCUAAACAUUGAUUAAUCCCCCGCGAUGUUUCACCGAAGAUGUGGAGACGGAAUAAGUCUGAUGAACAACAGUGCCACUGCUGUUCGAGUCUUCUCAACCUACGAGGAGGAGAGAAUUCACUCAGCCCAACCCCUGCAGAACGACGAGCUCUUCGAGAUAAGGAUUGACAAGAAGGUGAGAAGAUCAUGGAGUGGAACAGUGGAGAUUGGUGUGACCACUUACGACCCAGAGACCCUAAACGACCCCCUGGGGCAAUCCUGGCUGCUGACAGGCACUGGCAUCCUCAGAAAUGGUCAUCCCCUGUCAGACUCCAUGUGCGACACAAACCUAGACGAGCUAGACGAGGGGAGCACCAUCGGUGUCAUGAGAACCUCCAACGAUGAGCUUGUUUUCUACAUAAACGGAAUAUCCCAGGGUGUCUCAGCCACCAACAUCCCCUCGUGUGUCUUCGCAGUUGUCGAGAUGUCGGGUGACUAUGUCCAGGUAACAAUAACAAAUCCAAAAGCAACAACGAACGAACCUAGAGACGAAGAGGAGAUCAAUAACGACUUGACGAUGGGUGAAGCAUCGUCAGCGAGUUUAGUAGCCAAUCUCAAUGUCAAUCUCAAUGUCAAUAUGAAUGUCAAUCAGCCGAAGAAUCCGAGCCCAGCGACAAUCAGGGAGGAUCGAUUGAGAUUUCACGAGAGGGUUGGGGCACUGGUUAAAUUAUCGAAUAACGCGAGAACAGCGGAGAGACGCAGGCCUCUCGAUGAGUUCAAUAAUGGGGUUGUUAUGACACACAGACCCCUGAGGGAUAACGAGCUGUUUGAGAUCAGGAUCGACAGACUUGUGGACAAGUGGUCCGGGAGUAUUGAAGUUGGUGUGACGACUCACAGUCCCACAGCCCUGGAGUUCCCAGCCACAAUGACGAACAUGAGGUCUGGAACGACGAUGAUGUCAGGCUGUGGAAUUCUGACCAAUGGCAAGGGGAUUCAGAGGGAGUACGGGGAGAUCAAUCUGGACGAGCUGAGGGAGGGCGACAGGGUGGGGAUGAUCAGGAGGAGCAAUGGCAAUCUCCAUUACUUGAUCAACGGUUUGGACCAGGGGGUGGCUGCCAAGGUACCCCCCAACGUCUGGGGGGUGGUGGAGCUGUACGGAAUGACAGUUAAAGUGACUAUCGUCGACAGAGACGAGAGGGAAGAGCAGAACCUGGUGACGAGACGAAACACCCUUCAUCUGCAGGGUCUCAGUGAAGUUGGGGAGGAGGAGCCCCUGGACAGACUCACCUUCCACCCCUGCUGUGGCACCCACGCCGACGUCAUCAACAAUGGGAGGACUGCACACAGGCCCAACGCCAUGGACGACUUCAACAAUGGAGUUGUCUUGACGCUGAGACCCCUGAGACCCAAUGAACUGUUCGAGGUGAGGCUCGACAAGAUCGUCACCAAGUGGGCUGGCUCAAUCGAGAUCGGGGUCACCACUCACUCCCCCACUGAACUGGAAUUCCCAUUCACCAUGACUAACGUCAGGUCUGGCACCUGGAUCAUGACUGGAAAUGGCGUGAUGCACAAUGGGACUUCUAUAAUCGACCAGUAUGGACAGAAUUUGGAUCGUCUCCAAGUGGGCGACCGAGUUGGAGUCAUGAGGAAGGACAAUGGAGUCCUGCAUUUCUUUGUCAAUGGAGCGGACCAGGGGGCAGCUGCUGUCGGGGUUCCUGAGAAGGUCUACGGGGUUAUCGAUCUUUAUGGGCAAGCGACACAGGCCACAAUCGUCGAUAACACCGAUUUUUACAGCCCGACGACGAACAACUCGAGCUUCAGCAAUACGACGCUCUACAGCGAUCUGAGGUUUCAUCACGUGCAUGGGAAGCACGCGAGGAUAUCCAACAACGGCCUGACAGCUUCGAGGAUCAGGGCUCUGGGGGAGUUCAACGAGGCCAUUGUCAUUGCGAACAGACCCCUGAGGGACGGGGAGCUCUUCGAGGUGUCGAUUGACAAGAUGGUGGGGCGGUGGAACGGAGCGAUCGAGGCAGGAGUCACUGCCAUCAGGCCUGACGAGCUGGAGUUCCCCUCCACCAUGACUGAUAUUGAUCAUGACACCUGGAUGCUCUCUGGCUCCACAGUUAUGAGGGACGGAGUGACAUUACGACACCACUACAAUUGCGAUCUGGAUAAAUUGACUGAGAGGAACAGAAUAGGGAUGAUGAGGUGUGCAGACUCCAGUCUCCAUUACUAUCUCGAUGGGAUUGACCAGGGGAUAGCCUGCACUGGACUCCCAGCUCACGUCUAUCCGGUGAUUGAUCUGUACGCCCAGUGUGCUCAGGUCACAAUUGUCCAGCCAGAGAGGAGGGACACGAUGACCCAGCAGUACCUUCCGUCUGAGAACAGCAUGAGCCAGCAGCCAACGUCUGUUGUCCAGCCUCAGGCGCAAUCAGAGAUAACUCACAAAUUCCACGAAUCAGUUGGCCUCAACAUCCAGUUGAACAGCGAUCGAGUGAUAGCAGCUCGCUGCAGAGAGUACAAUCACGCAGUUCUGCUGAGUGAUUCAGCCCUGGAGAACAACGAGCUGUUCGAAAUCUCGAUUCAGGAGAUUGCAGGGGAGUGGAGUGGAUCGUUGAAGAUUGGGGUUCUCAAUAACGAGACUGGUCACUGGUUGACGUCGAUGGAUCUCGUCCCGGGGAUGACGUCAAUCCCCGCAGACGCCUGGUACCUCACGGGGAACGAGGUGAGACAUAAGGGCCUGGUUUUGUGCUCCAACUACUGCCCCAGCCUGGACUGGCUCAGGGUUGGCGACAAGGUAGGGCUGAAACGAAGUCACGAGGGGAGUCUGAAGUUCUAUAUAAACGGCGAGGACAUGGGGGUGGCUGCACUGAGUAUACCUGAGAUGAUCUACGCUGUUGUCGAGCUGUUUGGCAGCACAGUGGCUGUCAGUAUCACCAGCAACAAGCAGCAGGCCUGCGUUAUGUCGCUCAAUGCCAGUCUCAGGCUGCAGGAUUCACUGGAGCUCAUUCUCGAUCCAAUGCCACCAGUCAUGAGGAACGAUCUGGGUAUGGACACAUCGAUAGAAAUGUCAGAGGCCAAAUUAUCGGAAUUGCCGAUCACUCCUGUUCAGCCGGUGUCAGGGAUUGCGGAGGGAGAGUUGAGGUAUGAGUUCCAUGAGAAUCAUGGGAGAAAUGUUGAGUUGGAAGGGAGGAUUAUUGCCAGGAGAGUGGCUAGCUACAAUCAGGGGGUCGUAAUGUCCAGCAGACCUCUGAUAAAAGGGAAGAUUUUUCAAGUGGAAAUUGAGAAAACCAACGAUCGAUGGGUGUCAGGAAUUCUCUGUGGGGUUUCCUGCAUUUCUCCUGAGAAAGCCAGCUUUCCACUGACUGCUCUGGGCUUCAAGAAACACUCGUGGAUCAUCUGCAGCGAGUGGAUGUCUCACAACGGCACUAAAGUCAAAACUCGGUAUGGGGCCAAUCUGGAGAGCCUCCAGGUGGGCUCCACCAUUGGAUUACUCGUCGACGAGGAGUCGAGGCUGCAUCUCUUCAUCAAUAAUAUCGAUCAGGGAAUUGCAGUGACGGAUCUACCACUUUAUGUUUACGCUGUCAUCGAUCUUUAUGGACAAGUCGAGGAGGUCUCUAUCAUUGGAUCCCCCGCAGACACUGUAUGCACGAAUAACGACGCUAUUAACAUGGCAAUUGCCAGCAAUAUCGAGCAAAUGGGUGCGAUUGAAGUUGAUGAACCGGAGAAUUCGCGGGAAAAGGCUGAUUUGGAGUGUCAUGAGAAGGAAAAUGUCACAGCACUUCCGUCCAGCUCUUCUUUGAGUGAGAAGAAUUACGAUGAGACUUGUAGGAAUAGCAGUGAUGCUGAGGUGAGUGGGCACUCGUCCAACAGCAAUAACUCGAAUAUCAAUGGGGGGAUUGGGAAGUCGUUGACCAGUAGUGUCCACUCGGACAGUAAUAAUUCCGAUGUUGGGUCGGAGAUCAAUAAUGAGGCGCGGGAUGCCUUGCUGGAGUGUUCAAAUAUGAAGAAUAAUUUGGAGAUUUCUAAUGACAGUAAUACAAUGUCGAAUAAUGAGAUCGAGAAUGAGGAGGAGGAGCCUGAGUCUAAUGCACCGAGCCUGAAGAGUGACUGUACAAACGUAGAAUUAAAUAAUGCAACGAAUAUUAAUAUCAGAAAUGGAUCGGCUGCUACCUCGAGCAAUAUGUCGAGUCUCAGUACAGCUAUUCAGUCGACAAAUGCCAAUAAUGCGGUUAAUGAGAGUAUUGCCUCUAAUAGUCAAAUAAGUAAUGUCAUGGGACAUGAUAAUUCCCAGGAUAAUUCAGUGUGUAAUAAUCUGGGGGGAAAUGUUCAGAAUAAUCUUGCUGCUACGUCUGGUGUCUCUAAUGCAACGGCCAAUGUGCAGGAGCCAACCCAGGGGCAGAUGUCGAAGAGCAACAGUGCCAUUAUACCCAAUCAGAUUAGUGUGGCACAGAGCCCUCAGCCUUCGGUCACGCCUAGUAGGAUCUUCAGCUCACCGUCCAUACCUCAGAUUAAUUCUACGAUUAUUAUCACACCGGCGAAACAGUGCGAGUAUCUCAAGGCUUGUGGGAGGCUCAAGAAGUCACUGGUACUCCCUGAUGAGUUCUUCUCGCUUGAUGAGGUUGUUUGCUACUGCAGUGGGUGCUAUAAGGUCGAUAGUGAUGGGCUCAUGUGUAAGAAGGGCGAACCUCCUGCCGAGUUUGCUGUUCCCGUUGGGUGGGUCAAGUUUCCACUCAAGCAGAGCAUCAAUGCUAAUCAGAUACCGCAGAGCACCACUGAUAAGUGGCAUGUGGCUUUCUAUGGAAUUCGAUUGAAUGCUAUUAGAUGGAUUCUCGACAGAGGAGAACUGCUAACAGUUGAGCAACUAGACACGAGUAAUCUAACAACGAUUAUCAAUAGUGAAGGUCAAAAUCCUCAGGUGGUCUUCUCCCCCAGCAUAAAAUACGUGACCUCCGAUGAAGGCAGUCGAAAAUAUCCAUACAUAGACACCCAGUCUAACAAGAAACUCAACGCCUCGACGGCAUUUCAACUUCUGGUACGGCCUGGAUCAUACACAAUUGGCUCUGGAAAAGACAGUAUCGAUGGUAUUGAAUCCACCGAGUGGGCGACAAAGGAGGCAGGGGCGACCGUAAUUGUUGCACUUCUGAUACACCUCGAUGAAUUUUAAUCAACCCCAGAUAGUCUCAAUGUACGGUAAUUCACGUCUAGCAGCAAAUGUCAAGAAUUCCCUGAUCGAUUGAGUCAUGUCUAGAUAGUUCAUCCUAAGUUGUAUUUAAAUGGUCGAUUAACUAAAAAUAUAAACAUAAUAUAUAUUUCUAUAUUAAACUGCGAGUGAAGAUGGGAUUCUUCGAUUAUUGCUUAUCCCUUUAACUGUGCGAUUAUUUAAUAUUCAUUUCAAAGAAGUUUAAAUGUGCUUCAAUGUUGAAAUCUCAACAACAAUUGCACCGCAAUUUUUAAAGCCUUCGUUUCUACGAAUAAAAAAAAAUCAUGAAUUUGUUUCACCGGUAAAUUAAUGGUAUUUAUAAAUGCUGUACAUAAAAUGUCUAUUCUACCUAUCAAUUAAAUUUAUACGCAUUUUUCUGUGAUACUUUAUUGCAGCGUACGUGAAUGAUUUUACGAUAAGAGCAUUGUUAAGCCCACAGUGGUCCAUUUGCAAUGAUUUUUAUACCUUUGGAGAGUUUUUCUUAUUUCCUGAAUAUUUUUUUUCCUUCGUCAGAAGUAUAUCUGAGGGAGUUUAUCCAAUUUUUGAUUCAGUGCGUAACGUGAAUUCUAGUCAUCCAAUUUUUUUUUACUGACAAAUGUUGACGCAUGAGGAAUAUGUACUGAUGCAAAAUAAAGUGGUGGAAAUUAAUUUCAAUUGGAUAAAAAGCAAAAUGUGAUGAUGCUUAUAAUUUAUAAAAUGCACUUAAAGUAAUGAAUGUGAUCGAUUGAGACACAUUGUGACCAGAAAAAUAACCAUCCACUUGCACUUAAGGGUUUAGUUGAAAUAAUCAUUGGAGAAAUUGAAUUUUAAAUGAAUUAUGGCCACCUAGAAUCAUUGAAUUGCGAAAUGUGUUGUCAGCUGCACAGCUAGACGUAGACAUUGUACGAUGCCACGUGCCUGAAGAAGUCGAAUAGAUAUUGAGAAUUGAUCAGUAGCCACUUUUGAUCAUUGAUUUGCGAGCACUUAGGAGUAAAAUCGCUUCUAUUCGAUAAGAGGUGAAGUAGAGAAAUUAUAGAAAAUUAAGUUUGAAAUCAAAGAGAGGAAUCGAAAAAGCCAGUGGAUGCAAUGAAUCUCGAGGUUUUGGAGAUUACGCUAGAGUUCACAUUGAUCAUUGUAUUAAUUUACCUCACACUGUAAUGAACAUAAGUCUGUAUUUAUUUAUAAAUAAUUGGAACGUAAUUGGAGGGGUCGAGCUGAAUUGUUUAUCUAGGUAUUAAUGGGGUGAUGUGUGAAUGGUGAGAAUAAAGAAAGUCAUAUUAAUUGUGUGACAGUGA